UGAGAAAAGUACAAAAGUUAUUGUUUUCCUCUCUAGUUCCUUUCGAGUUUGAAUAUUAACUUUGAUAACGAUGUUGCCCAAAAGUCCACGCAUUCGUCAAGGAAAACAAACUAGCUUGAGUUCGAUCCCUCAGAAAGGAUCGCCCAGAGCGCUCUACUCCAAGUCACUUAUUUCCACACAGGCGAAGAAGCGUCACAUUUUGGGGCAGCGCAACUUGAAGAAGGAGAAUGGGUUAGCUGACAAGAAGAACAACCAAAAGGUGCUAAAGAAAAUACCCGAGGCUUUGCUACUGACACCCUCGUCAUCGGAUAACUCCAUGACUACCACGGUGUCCAGCGAUGGGCAAUCCAGCUACACGGUUAUGCCAAAGACUAGCCUGCUCCGGCAGCCCAGUUCCUUGACCCCGUACUUGACCCUCAAGCGUCAGCAGACAUCGGCUUUGAUUAAUUUCCGGGUGCGCAAGUCUCUGUCCCAGAUGGACUUUAAAGAGGCUCGUCGCACCGGAAACUACCAGCUGGUGGCCCAUGUGCCCUCACCAGCGAAUUCUGUCCAGGAGCUGUCGCAGAAAUCAUCUGGAGCCUCUGGACUGGAGGGCACCAUGGCCAUGGCCAACGCUUUAAUUGAUGGACAGAUGAGCUUUGUAGUUGGUCCAGGUCAGGAUUCCCGGGUCGCCAGCUUGAGGAUCUUUAACACCAUUAUGCUGCACGCUUGGCGCCGAAGGCGAGAGGAGGUUCGUCAACUCACUGAUCAGGUGGAGGACUAUAAGAAGAGUUUCGUCAAGAAUCGCAACCAAUUGCAUGUCUAUAACUCGCUAUUUUCCGUUGAGAAACGUCGCAAUGAAACCCUAAAUGAUCAGCUGAGGCAAUCGUAUCGUGACAAUGCCCAGACGAAGCUCUCCUACGAGGAACUAAGUCUAAUGGUGGUGCAGAUCAGGGCGGAGAAGGAGAAACUGGCCGAGGAGUUGGCCAUCAAGGACCAGGACAUCGGGAAUUUGCAGGAGAUGCAGCAGUCCCUUAAGGUUGAACUCUUUCAGGUGAAUAGCGAGCAGCGGAAGCAGUUGGAGCAAUUGACCCGCCUGCAACGCGAUUAUCAGGAGAGUCAGUCUGCACAGGAUGAACUGGUCCGCCAGUUGGAUCUUCUCCAAAUCGAUUUGGCACUCAAACGGGAUUUUAUCGAUCAGCUGCGCGAAAACAUGGCCAAACUGGAAGAUCUCAAGCGGGGAUCCGAUGAGCAAUACAGCAAACUGCUCGAACAAACUGUGAAGAUGGAACGUUCAAUCGAGGAGAAGGAGGAACAGCUGGUAACUCUCCAGAACUGCUUGGCCGCCACCUUGGGUCAGAGAAUCCGUCAGUGCUUUGCCCAGAGUCAGGCCUACCAGCAUGCCACCUAUCGCAUGCUGCACUUUGUGGCCCACUAUAUGCUACCCGGCACUCCGCCACCGUCACCUUCGUUUCCAGGGGCGGUUAACAGACUGAAGGGACUCUUUACACAGGGCUCGCAAAAUGUUCUUGAUGAUGACCAUGAUGAUUUAAAGAAGGUCGAUAAGGAUCAAGAUCAUGAGAAGAAAAGCCCCAUCUAAUAGUUACUUGAAUUUAGAAGUUCGUUUAUUAGUUUAUGAUUGCUUCUUAUUUUUGUUUAGAUUUUCAAUAUUAUUCGUUCAGAUUGAUAUUGCUCAUUAAAUCUUUGUUGGCAGUGUUAUAAAAUAAUUACAUAAAAUAGAA